ACCAGUUCUUUUCUUGUAAGAACCAAACUCCGGCAAAGACGAAACAAAGAAUCACAGGAUUACCCCCAAAAACGCCAUUAAAGAAAGCUUCAAGGAGAGAGAAAGAGAGAGAGAGUGAGAGAAAAGCUAUGGGUGUCGAUUACUACAAGGUUCUUCAGGUAGAUAGGAGCGCUAAAGACGAUGACUUGAAGAAAGCUUAUAGAAAGCUCGCCAUGAAGUGGCACCCUGAUAAAAACCCUUCCAAUAAGAAAGAAGCUGAGGCUAAAUUCAAGCAAAUUUCUGAGGCUUACGAUGUUUUAAGUGAUCCGCAAAAGCGAGCAGUGUACGAUCAGUACGGAGAGGAGGGUUUGAAGGGACAAGUUCCUCCGCCGGGGCCCGGAGGAUUUUCGAGCGGACAAGAGGGUGGUCCGACGAUGUUUCGGUUCAAUACUCGGAGUCCCGACGAUAUAUUCUCGGAGAUUUUUGGUUUUUCGGGUUUUGGGGGAAUGGGGGAUAUGGGUGGGUCUAGGGCGGGUGGGCCUGCUUUCUCAAGGAGUAUGUUUAGUGAUGACAUUUUCGCUUCUUUUAGGGGUGGAGGUGGGGAGGGCUCUAUGAAUGCGCCGAGGAAAGCUCAGCCUAUAGAGCGGACAUUGCCUUGUACUUUGGAGGAUUUGUAUAAGGGCACCACCAAGAAGAUGAAGAUUUCUAGGGAUGUUACAGAUUCCAGUGGAAGACCAAAUACAGUGGAGGAAAUUCUAACAAUCGAGAUCAAGCCAGGUUGGAAGAAAGGAACUAAAAUAACUUUUCCCGAGAAAGGAAACGAACAACGAGGAUUUAUACCAGCAGAUCUCGUAUUCAUCAUUGAUGAAAAGCCUCAUGGAGUGUUCAAGAGGGAUGGCAAUGAUCUUGUUUUAACUCAGAAGAUAUCUCUCGUUGAAGCUCUUACAGGUUACACAGUGCAGUUGACAACCCUUGACGGUCGAAAUCUGACGAUCCCGAUCAACUCUAUUAUCAGUCCCACCUAUGAAGAAGUGGUUAAAGGGGAGGGAAUGCCUAUUCCUAAAGAACCCACCAAAAAGGGAAACUUGAGAAUCAAAUUCAACAUCAAAUUCCCUUCCAGGCUUACUUCAGAUCAAAAAUCUGGCAUCAAGCGGUUAUUAUCUUCAUAAAAAACGCGGGAGGUGGUACCUCCAUUACCAUCUUUUAUAUUUGUGCUCAGUUUGCAUUUGUUUUAUUUGGUAGUUUAUAUUUUGGAAAGUUAAGUUUUAUGCUUUGUGAAAUCGGGAGAUUUGAACAGCAAUUGUGUAGGAAUCGUGCAUUUAUUUUUUCCACCAAUUCUCUAUUUUUGACAUUUUUUUUUAAGUUAUAACACUUGUAGAAGAAGCAUUGACAUGCCAUGAUUAACUUCUUGCAAACUAUGUUUUAACUCUUGGCAAAGACUCCCUUUUAUGUAUAUUUUAUGUUUACAUAUAUUUAUUGAAGACAAAUACUAAGCAUUAAUUGUAAA